AGCUGGCCCCGCCUCGUCGGGAGCUCGCUGCUGGUUUGUCUUGGCGCCCGCCGGACGCCACACCCACUCUCGACUCUGAGGCCACCAACCGGGCCGCCCCGCGGGAGGUGGCGGGACGGAGGGAAGAUGGCGGCAGGGGCCGGAUUUUGGCGCCGCCUCCCCCAACCCCUGACCCGCGCGGUUGAGCCGACUUUUCUGGGGCCAGCGGCGCUACGGAACCCGGGAUGGGGGGAUCCUGGCGGCGGGCCUGGCUCUGCCGUACGCGGGCGCUUCGGCUGGUGUGAGCGGCGGAGACAGCGGGGCCGGGAUGGAGGACGCUAACUCCCAAGUGAACGCGGCCCCGGAGGUGCGGAAGCUGCAGGAGCCGCUGAAGAAGCCGGGGAAGCAACACGAACAGCUGAGGAGCUGCUCGGGCUGUGCGGGGCCCCGGCUCCCUCCGCCCCGCAGCACGGUUCGCAGGCGCCUGCCCUCCCUCCUACGGUGCGGGGUCCCCUCGAGGCUUCCCCUGGGGCUUCAGCGCCAACUCGAGCGGCCGCUCGGGAUGGACCCGAGGCGGACGAGUAGCGCGGAGCUGCGAGGGCAGCUUGCUGGAAGAGCUGGAGCGCCUGCCACCCUGGGAGGAGCGGGAAGAGCGCAGGAGAGCGCGGGGCUGGGCGGGGACGGCCCUGGGGCGGAGGGCGUCCCCGAGGGCCCCUCUGGUCCGGCGCCUGGCUUUGUGCGGCCAGUUCCGCUCUCCGGCGGGGACUCGUGGUGUUCUUGAUCUGGUGUUGCAGAGGGAAGGUCAGCUGGAGUUGGGGGUUGGUUCGAGGCAUGCGAGUACCAGGGCUUGUAGCUGCUUCUCUAGAUUGUGGACCCUCUGGGUGGUGGGCACUACUGGGGUCUAUGGGUUAGUUGGAUUGUGCGCCGCGGGGAGGAGUCGGAGGUGGGAAACCGCUUUGUAGAAGAGACCGGCUUUCGGAUGGUGGCCUGGGCAUUUUGGAUGUCGGGGAGGGGUCGGCUUGAUAAGGUAUUGGUGUUUGGGAUCAAUUUCUAGCGGAGAUGGGGAGACCGUGUGGAUUAGCACCACGUGGGGUAAAGCUUGCCACGUGUGAAGAAAGCAGAGCAUGGUGCUGCUUUGUGUGAAGAGUCAAGGGUGGAACAAGAGCCCUGGCUCUGAUUUUUUAAAACAAGAAGUGAGUCUGGCAUUUUGAAGAGCUCUGAUUUAGACAGUUAUAGCCAUCCUUCAUUUCCACGUCCUCCUAGGGGCAGAGAAAAAGAGUCCUAUUUAAAAAUCUAAACCAAAGCUCUAUUGUCAUAAGCCACUUCUUGAUGGAACCGUGACCCACACUUAAUAUGACUUUCAUAAGUAGUACAUGGGAGCUUUUCCCCUCGUUUUAUUAUAAAGGUGUCUGGGAAAUUCUGUUAAUUCAUCCUUUUUAAAGUUUUGCCUUUUACCUAAAAUGUCUCUGCCCUGUUGAAAUUCAAGCUUCUAACGGUGAAAUCGAAAUCAUUCAUAGACUCGUAUUGCAGGGCCACAACUGUGCAGUGUUCGGAGGUAGUUAAGAAGUUUGCUGGAUUCAGGCCCUGGCUUUGCCAGGUACUAGCUGUAUGACCUUGAGCAAUACUCUGAGCUUCACUUUUUUCCUCAAUGAUGGAGAAAAUAGCACUUACGUCUAUAGAGUUAGGAAAAUUUAGUAAAAUCCAUGUAUACAUUUAGCAGUGGAUAUGGCAUGUAGUAAACUCUAUAAACCUAGCUGCUAUUACUCUUAAGCCUAGUUAUUUGAAUCAGGAAACAUUUAGUGAGCUCUCACAUGUUAUAGGAGACUCUGAAGAUUCUUAAGUGUUGAUCUCUGUUCAUAAGGCAGUUUUAGUCUUGUUGAGAGCUAAGUUCUAUGCAGUUCAAUAAACUAGAAAGUGCACAGUGAAUUGCCGAAAGAGUGAUAGAACAAAAAGUACUGACUGUGCUCAGUAACUGAGAAGAAAAUACUAGUCCAAAGUAAUUGGGCCCAACUUUGAGGAGGAGGUGGCUUUGGAGUCUGGAAGGUAGGCAAGAGUGGGAAGGGCCCAAGAGCAGAGUCAGAGGUAUUUGUAACUCCCAGUUAGGAAGAUUUGAAUAACAGAAGUACGCUAGAGUAUAUGAUAACAAGCCUUUAUUUUAUUACCAAGUGUUAUCAAAUAUUAGAGCUGACUGUGGUAGUGAAAGUUUUUCAUAGAAAUGUGAAAUUGCAUCCUCCCAAAGGAAUCCUAAGUAUGUAUGCGCUUUAAAAGAACCCAGAAUCAUCUGCAUAUUGUUAUGUGGCUCUUGCAGGUGAUGAUGACAGUGAUGCUCAUAAUGAUAAUGAGCUGCACUCAGCAGCCCAUUUUAGGUUAAGUAUUAUUAGAACACAUUAAGUCCACUUGGAGAAGCCGAUUAAGUCUUUGGCUGCUUUGGUUCCUGAGCAUGAGUUUGGUUAAGCUUUUACAAAUUUGGUUAAAGUCUUCCUAAAUACUAUGCCAGGAGUUUGUUUUGACCAGAUGAUUCUCACUUCUUGCUUUGAUCCUGGCUUCAUAUCUAGAUGUUAUAGAUGUCCUACACUUUCUGAGAGCAUUUGUGUAAACUGAAAUUUGGAUAAGUCAUUCUGUCUCAGAAUAUAGUAUACUAUAUUCUUCAGGAAUCCUCACAUACUCAUUCUUCCUUUCUUUUUCCGAGUUCGAGGGAUUCUCCUGCCUCAGCCUCCAGAGUACCUGGGAUUACAGGAGCUUGUUCGGCUGCUCCAGCAGACAGUACGGUCAUCCCAGUAUGACAAGUAUUUCACUAGCAGCCGGCUCUGCAAGGGGGUCCCAAAGGACACACUUGAGCUUCUGCACCAAAAAGAUAAUCAGAUUCUGGGCCUCACCAGACAGCUGGAGAGUCUCAACCUGGAGAAGGAGAGUCUUCAGCAGGAAGUGAGGAUGCUGAAGAGCAAGGUGGGUGAGCUCAAUGAGCAGCUAGGGAUACUGAUGGAGACUGUCCAAGCCAAGGACGGGGUCAUCAUCAAGCUCAGCAAGGGUGAUGGCAGCGGACCUCCUCCCACCACAGCACCUGGCUCCCCAUCGGCUGUGCCUAUUGGCAGGGACCAGCUGGAACUGGAAAGGCUGAAAGUAAGAGCAGGGCAGGGUUUCUGGUGAUUGGCAUGAGAGACCACUUAUGUCACCCUAGAGGCCUGGCCUCCGUGAGCUGAUUUGGUGUGAUGGCAGAACAGCUGCACACCUUUCCCCCCCCACCAAGUGUAAUAGCACUUACCAUCAAAUAAUCAUUAAUCUUC